AUGGAUGGGUGGGAGUCGAGGCGGCGGCGGCUGGCAGGGCACGACUGGUGCGUGAUCAAGCUUGCCUAUCCGGGCAGGAUUCUGGGCGUGGAGGUGGACACCGCCUGGUUCACCGGCAACCACGCUGUUGUUUCCCUUCUUCUCCAAAUCUCGCUGCUCGCGGCCGAGGUCGCCGCUGGCGACGACAGCUGGAUGCCCGGCGCCACGGAGCGCGCGGCGGCGGGGGGCGGCCAGCGGGGCAGCUGCAAGACGCCCGCGGAGAUCGAGGCGGCGGACGCGAGCGUGGCCCGGGCGGCUACGUGGCACUCGCUGCUCCCCGUGACCCCACUGCGGCCAGGCUACCCGGGGUCCUCGGUGCACCACUUCACCGCCGGCGCGGACCUCGCGCUGGAGCGCGCCACGCACCUCCGCCUCAACUACUUCCCCGACGGCGGCGUCGCGCGGCUGCGGGUGUACGGCCGCGUCAAGCCCGCGCUCGCCACGGGGCCCGGUGCUCCCUCCGCAGACCUGGCCGCGCUGGAGAACGGCGGGAGAGGACUCGGCGAGAGCAACGCCCACUACGGCAGAGCGAGCAACAUGCUGCAGCCGGGCCGAGGCAUCGACAUGGGGGACGGAUGGGAGACAGCCCGGCACCCCGACAGGCCCGCAGUCCUCGUCGUCGACCCCGCCACGGGCCUCAGCAACGCCACCGCCAGCGACUGGGCAGUGGUGCGGCUGGGCGCGGCGUGUGCACGGGUGGAGCAGCUCGUCGUCGACACCAACCACUUCAAGGGCAACUGCCCCGAGAGCGUGGAGGUGCACGCCUGCUCCGCCCCAGCCGCGCAGGUCUCCGAGGUCUGCUGCGAGCCGUCCGCGUCGCCGGUGACCUGGAGGGUCCUCCUCCCCCGCACCAGGGUCGACGCCUCCCGCGAGCACCUCUUCUUCCCGACGGGCGCCUCGGACGACGAGCUCGCCGCCGCCGCCAACAGGAGCGACGAUCCGCAGGCCGUGUGCGAGCGAGGCCUGAGCGACAUCGGACCGGUGACGCACCUGCGGCUGACGAUCUUCCCGGACGGCGGGGCCGAGUGCGACGCUCUCGGACUGAAUCGGUUGGUGCAGUUCGAGGGUCCUGGCCGGCCCAGCCCCCUCGUGCUCGUCCUUCUACCCGCCGCCUCCGCCUCCUGUGCCUGCAUCCACUUGGCCACACAGACGGGGCCCGACCCACCCUGUCUGCCGCCAGUGCUCGUGCGGCUGCUCUCGCCCCCGCGGCGGAGCCAAGCAAACAGCCGCGCCUGGGCCCGACAAAGCGGCGGCAGCGUCGGUAUCCGCGCUGGCAUCCUGCGGGCCGAGCUGCGGCUUGGAAGCCAUAGGGACGCCGCCGCCGUCGAAGGCCCGUCGCAGCACCUCCCGCAGCGCCCCUCCGCGGAGAGCAUGGCGAUCAAGGAGGCCUUCCGGGCCGCCGUGAGCGACGCGAAGCUGGCGCAGGCGCAGGCGGCGGCCGCCGCGAGGGACGUGGAGAACCUGAGGGCCGCGCUGAGGAAGGCGGAGGCCGCGGCCUCCAAGGGCAUGGCCGGCGGCGACGUGCGCUCGCAGCCCAGGAGUGUCCCCUCGACAGGGCACGCCUCGCUGGCCACGCUGGAGACGCACGGCACCUCCUCCGAGCUGGCGGCCCUCUCGGCCCAGCGCGCGAAGCUGAAGCAGCAGGAGCUGGCCCUAAUGGCCGAGCUGCAGGACGUGGAGAGGCAGAAUCGCCGGCUCGCCGCCGAACUGGAGCGCCGGGAGCUCCGCGCCGAGGCGGCCGAGGCCGCCGCGGGCGCCAAUCCCGCGGGCGCCGCCGCCAGCGGGUCGCUUCCCGGGCUGGCGCUGCCCAGCCCAGGCGCCGCCACGGCGCCCUCGGCGAUGCCCGCGAGCGCCCGGGCGCCGCGCGAGCCGCGGCUGCUGCGGGCCCCGGGCUUGUUUUGGCCGGAGCUCGGCCUGCCGGUGGGCGACACCUACGGCGUACGCGCGAGGACUGAGGAGUCGUCCGAGGAGGGCGCAGGUGCCCUGGUCUCUGGGCCCCCGGGGGGCAACCGAGACUGGCCCGCGACCAGAAGCGGGCCCCCGGGUGUGCGGGUCGAGAUGCCUGGGCCGGCCCGCGUCGUGAAGGCCGCCACUGCGCCGGAGGUGGUCGCGGGCCCUGGCAUCAGGUUGAUCUUGCAGCAACAAGUCAACCAGAUGACGGGAGGUCCAGCAAUCCAGGCGGGCUUGGCCCCGGAGACGGUCAUGCGCCGUGCGGCGGCAGCGGCGGCCAAGGGUGCUUCCCGGAAACACGACCAGACCGUCAACGUGGUGGCUAAGUUGAGGCAGCAGUUACAGAACGCAGGGGAGAAGGAACGUCUUGCAACCACCACCUUGGCGGAGGCUGAGUCUGCCAAGGAGACUGCGAUGAAAGAGAGCCAUGCUGUAUCGGAAGGCGCUGGAGGCAUAGCAGGUGGCGGCACAGGCGGUGGCAGUGCAGGACAACAGCAGCCAGAGGAUACGCUGGACUGUAUACCGUUGGACGAGGGUUGCCUCAGCACCAUCGACGAGAAGGUGGAGCUCGAGGAGAACGUGCGCACGGAAGUCGAGAAAGUGCACAAUGAACUAGUCAAGGUUGAUCAGUUGCUGGCGCCGCAGAAGCGGCUCGACAAGGCGCGGAGGGUGGCCACCGACGGCGCGGCGGGCGCAAGGCCGCCGUCCGAACCAAAGCGGAGCGAAUCAGCGCGGCUAGGAGCUGCAGGCGGCCACAUGAGUGGCACAGGCGUCGGCGGCGGCAGCGGCAAGGUCGACCGCGCGGCCUGA